CAUCUCUCUCUCUUUCUCUCUCUCUCUCUGUCUCACUCUCAUCUCUAUCUCGUUUGCUUCCUUUGGUUCUCGCGGUUUGUCUGCGUCUUUGUCGACGGUCUCUUUCUCUUUCUGUUAUAUUCGUAAGUCGCGCUCGCGGGCGUACACACACUUCUCUCUCUCCUUCCUCGUCUGACGCAUUGCCGUGGUCUUGGCUCGUCAAAAUCCCCGAAAUAUUCAUAUCGUCAGUCGUGAACUUUCCGCGAGUUUUUCCGGUCGCGUGCGAGCGAGCUAACGAGAAGUUUCUCCGUGACGUGUGAUCUGAGAUUUCCUCGCCAUCGUCUCUCCAAACGCGCGUGUCAAACGGAAAUCCGUCGUGUCUGGUUCGAGGUGGAUAUCGUGAAGCGUAUAUGUUCACAUUAGUUUUGGCACUUUCCAUCGAGACAGCAUCGUCCGUUUUGUCCACUUUUGAUCGCGCGAGUGCUUGGUGCUACGUGUGUGCGUAUACGUAUGCGGAGGUGACAUCGAGUGUGAUAAAGCCGCGCGCGACUGGAAAGUCUCCAGGUGGAAAAUCGCAAAGAAGAGCGCGCGUGCGCUCGUCUAUAUUUGCGUGUGCACGCGUGAACUCCUACGCUUCUUAAUCGCGCUUGCGCGAGAUCCGCUCUCUGCUCGUGACUGUACAUGACUGUACAAAAUAUCAUGAAAUCAUCUGGGACGAACACAGGAGGGAAAUUUUUAGAGAGAACAAAAAUUCUACUUUGCGAGAGAUGAGAAGUUCAUAUUCGACGUUAAUUACAAACUUUGUGUGCGUGUGAAACUACGUCGUACCGUAUCGACGUCAGAAUGACAAAACGUGUAUAAAUCCGUAUCUUGAAAAAUUUGGGAAAUUAUUGUUAAGAUAUUUUUGCUGUUUAUAGAUUAACAAUUAUACGCAAUAUUAAUUACAUAGUUUUAAUCUUGAGAAAUUUGCAACAAGUUUGAAAUUUAAAGAAUUUGGUCCGGUUGAGUUUUUUGUAUUGAAAAUUAUUUGACGUGUCAAUAAUAUUUGCUAAAUGUUUUAUAAAAUUAAAUUUUUUUUGAUUACAUCUUUUUUCAAUCAUUCUCUUUGGAGGAAAAAAUGUUUUUACAAAGUUUUUACUACUGCGUCUUUUCGUAAACUAGUUCAGAGCUUGCGAAGAGCACGGUAGAAUAGAGAUUCAGGAUAAAUGAAAAUGAGAAAACUAAACUUUAAAACGAGAGAGACAAUAGCGUGAUGUAGACAAAUCAAGUAUUUUAUUUGUACAUAGAAUUUGUGUUGCUUUCUCUCGCUAGAUUGCUUUGCGAGACGUGACAUCGCAUUAAAAGCCGAUAUAAUAAUCUACAGAUAAAACAAAUACUAUGGAACGCACUCUUCGGUGUGAGAUUGCGCAAAUGUCGUCGUGUGUUGUCGUAACAAACUGAUACGAUGCGAUUUAGAGAAAAAAAAAAAACAAAAGCGAAGUCGCUAAACCACGACGAUAAUAGAGAUGACAAAGUAGACAGAGAAAGAAAAUAUUGCACUUUGCGGUGCAUUGUUUUGCGUGUAAACUCACGAUAAAACAAUAAACACGAUUACCACCGUGUAAAUUACUUUAUCGAUUAAUAAAACAAAAAUAAUAAUAUAAAAAUUAACGCAAACAAGAUACACAAUAUAAAUUCCAAGAAGAUUUUGAUAUACUCAAGCGUAAUGAUCAUUUUGUUGUUUAACAUUAUUUCUAGCUCGGCAUAUAUAUAUUAUCACAGUCGCGAUCGCGUUACGGUUAUCUGCUCGCGUUGCGCAUAUCUGAAAAAUCGCAUUAGAAAAUCGCAACAAUAAUAAAAUUCAUUCCCCGAUGUCGUGGCAAUGGUGAUGUAAAGUGCGGCGAUUUCGGGAGUUCCGGGUAUAUAGCGCGACGACGCGCUGCUGCGCUCUCCGCAUGACGCACGUCGAAGAUGCGAGCGUGCCGGGUGACUGUACUCUGGGUUCAUCGUUCUCGGUUAUGUAAUGUUCGGCCGCGUACGUUGUACAGUGCAAGCGCCUCGACGCUCUGCUCGUGGCGCUAGAGUUGCCGGACGGGAGAAGCUCAGCCGAUUAUAUCCAGAGACGCGGGGACCGCACCGAAUCCUCGCUUCCGCGCACGCACACGUGCGAAUCAUCAUCACGCCCUUCUCUUCCCUCCCUUUCAACCCGUUCGCCAGCUCGCGCCCUGCGACGACGCAGCCUCUGCGUCAAGCUUUUUCUGACACGUCGGGUCCCUUUCAUUUCCCGACACGAGUUUUCGCCUACGAAAACAUGGUCCGCCUAAUUUCAGAGAAAAAAGAGAAUGAAUGAGGAGCGUGUUCUUGGUUUCCGAGUUUUUUUAACCUUGAGCGACACAACGAUUUAUUAAAAACACAAGAAGAAAACCCGAGUACUUCUAAAAGACUGAAAAUAUUAUAAUUCAGAUCUAAGAAUUUUUAAGAUUAAAGUAAUUUUAACGUAAGUUUAAUAAUUUUAAGUUCUGCGAAUGUAGCGUUUGACGAAUACAAAGGUUGCGCGAUUGCACAACUUUCGAUUUUUUCAUCGAACAAGAGUUUACUCUUAGACUUUGGGCACGCAAUGUAUGUCAACUUAUUUAGUUUGUACUAGUGUUUACUAGAAAUUGAACGAGAUUAAGCGAUAGCGUAGUGAUCUAAUAUAUAUUAUCAUUGCCGAAAGCAAACAAAGAAUAGUAGCAGAUAUAAUAACUUGCGUCUGUAGCACUCGAAUUAUUAGUUAUCGUAAAUUAGAACAUGGACUUUGUUUCUUUUCACAAACAAAUAUUCUUAUUGAAAAAAUAGAUAAGAAAAAUAAAGUUUAUCAAUUUUAUAAUACACAGUUUAUAUUAAAAAAUAUUAAAUAAUAAAUGUAAUUUUGAAAACUAUCUGUUUUUACAUUGUUCCUUAAAUAUAAUGUUACCAAAACUAUUGUUAAGUAGAGAACUAUUCAAUAUGCUUCACAGAGAACAAUGGCUAUGUAUUUUCCUAGAACGUUUUCUAGAAAACGCGUAGUGAAGUUUGAUUGUGUGAAUUCAAGUAAAACACUAAUUACGAUCGUCCAUUCGCCGGACGAGCGAUUCCGAUCGCAAUCACGCGUGCGAAUCUUGAAGAUCGUGCCGAUGUUCCUACAAUAGAUAUCAGGUAAAUGAGACCAGUAAGAAAGAUCCGUAAAUGGAGAGACGUCCGUCAGGAUUUGGUGGGCCUACGUGGGGCGCGGACAGUACGAGUCCUCAACCGACGGAAGGAUCGAGAUCGAGAGAGAGGUUCGCGCAGCCUCCCGCGACGGGAACCGGCAGCGCGAUCGUCGAUGAUCGUAGACUGCAAGCCAAUUCGAUACGAGCUCAAAUCGAGAUAAUCCCGUGCAAGGUGUGUGGGGACAAGAGCAGUGGCGUGCAUUAUGGCGUGAUCACCUGCGAGGGCUGCAAGGGCUUCUUCAGGCGGUCGCAGUCGUCGGUCGUCAACUAUCAAUGUCCGCGAAACAAGAAUUGCGUGGUCGACCGUGUAAACAGAAACCGGUGCCAGUACUGUCGGUUGCAAAAGUGCCUACGCCUCGGCAUGUCAAGAGAUGCUGUUAAAUUUGGGCGCAUGUCGAAAAAACAACGGGAGAAGGUCGAGGAUGAAGUCAGAUUUCAUCGGGCGCAAAUGAGGGCGGCUUCGGAAACGGCGCCGGACAGCAGCGUGUUCGAGCAUCAAACGCCGAGCAGUUCGGAUCAACAUCACCCUUAUAAUGGCGGGUACCCGUACGGCGGUAACGAAUACACGUCGUCAGGUCCCGGCACCGGCGGCUACACGAAUUAUAAUCAUCAAGCGAUGACGAAUUACGAGCUUAGCGCCGACUACGUCGACAGCACGACAACCUACGAUCCCCGGCCGACGCAAACGCAAGUCGCGGACACCGUCGCUCCCGAUACACCCUCGGCUGUCACCGCGACCGGCGUGUUACCCAGCGUGGUCACCACCGGAAAAUCUCUGUCCGCUUCUACAACCGGGAGCAGCUCAGGGGGUGGUAGCGGUACCGGCAGUGGCAGCGGUAAUAGUGGUGGUGGGAACGUAGGUGGUGGUAACGGUUGUGGUAAUGGCAGCGGCGGCGGCAGCAGCGGAGGUGGUGUUGGCAGUGGCGGUUCCGCCGCGGCCGCCGCCGGCGCCGCCGGGGGUGGAGGCGGGAGCGGAGGCAGCGGUUCGCUAAGUGGUGGCGGAAUCGUCGCCGUAAAGCAGGAAAACGCUGUCGAACUCGCCGCUUUAGGCCACGGAUCAUACACCAUGGUCGACUCGACGACCUUUCUGAGCGGUCAGCAACAGAGGGUCAGCAACCCAUCUGAGGACGACGAAGUGCCGAGUCUGCCCAGUAUGUCACAUGCGAUAUAUCCGGCACAGAUCAGCGAGCUUCUCUCGAAAACGAUAGCGGACGCGCACGCAAGAACGUGUCUGGUAUCGACGGAAGAGAUCCAGGAGGCUUUCCGAAAGUCCACCGAUUUGUCCAGAAUGAUCUACUAUAAGAACAUGGGACACGAGGAGCUCUGGCUCGAGUGCGCUCAGAAGUUAACCACCGUCAUUCAACAGAUCAUCGAAUUCGCCAAAAUGGUCCCUGGAUUCAUGAAACUUUCGCAGGACGACCAGAUCGUAUUAUUAAAGGCCGGUUCCUUCGAGUUGGCUGUGCUACGAAUGAGCAGGUAUCUCGAUCUCCAGCAAAAUUGCGUCCUGUAUGGCGACACCUUGCUGCCGCAGGAGGCAUUUUACACGACGGAUACGGCGGAAAUGAAGCUUGUUUCCUGCGUGUUCGAGCUGGCCAGAAGCAUCGCUGAACUGAAGCUCACCGAAACCGAGUUGGCGCUCUAUAGCGCGGUUGUUCUACUUAGUCCUGAUCGACCCGGACUGAAGUGCCUGGGCGACAUCAACAGGCUGUCACAGGCGGUGAUAAGGGCACUGAGAUCGGAACUCGAUCGGAACCACAUGACUCCAAUCAAGGGCGACGUGACCGUGUGCGACGCGAUUCUUGCGAAAAUACCGCAGCUACGCGAUAUCUCAUCGCUGCAUAUGGACGCGCUGGCAAAGUUCAAGCGGUCGCAACCGCAUCUCGAGUUUCCGGCCCUCCAUAAGGAGCUGUUCAGCGUCGACAGCUGAAUCGCUCCGACAUGUGACAUGACGCGGAGCGUUGUCCCGGCGCUGCCGAGCGGACAAGGAACGCGAUCAGCGUCGCGAACUUUGUUCGGUGAGUCCGACCGUCCCGGAAGAGAGAGAAAUAAUCGACGAUCUCGUGGCAUCGGGCACCGGAAGUUGACGACGCUUACUAGGAAGAAUCCGCGAGCCAACUCGGAUACGAAAGAUCUCGAUGACGAAGAGCAAGAUGAUGACAAAAACGCCGUCGGCGGAUCGAUCGCGCCGACGAUCUGUCUCGUCGUGAAGCGAUCGGACGCGAUUACGUUGCCUGUGUUGAAAAUAAUGGAGCGAGGGCAACGCGCGAAUCACGUCAGUUGUUUGUGUUACGUUAUCGUUUUUGUUACAUGCCCGACCUUGCGAAUCUCCGGAUCGGAGAUUUGCGCUGAUAAAACCAGUAUUUUUAAGACGAUUUAUGUGUGUGUAUAUUGAGCAAGGGUGCUCGGAGAGGCGAAUACCAAUGUCGACUGAUGCUUGAAAUUCGUAAUCGUGUUCGAUAUAAUUUUUACUGAAGAUGAAAUCAUUAGAAACAAUCUAAUACAAUUUAACAUGGCAUGACAUGGCAAACUAUCAUAAAGUACUAUAUAUAGAAAUUUUAGAUUUAUCUGAUUUAAAAUUUUUUAAUAAUAAAAAUUACUAUAUAUAGAAAUUUUAGAUUUAUCUUAUUUAAAAUUGGUCUCGGUGUGAAGCGGAUUAGAUCUGAUGACUAUUCACUUAUUUUAUCUCGGUCAAAACUUCAAACUCUUAAGAAGCGCAGUUUUCUGAUGUUCUUUUUCUCUUCAAGUUGUUGAAUCGUCUUGUUGACUUGCCCAUGCUUGAGUCUUUUGAACAAGAAAAUUUAAUACUAAUUUUCACAACAUGGAUUUUGUUACUAAGAUCCAGUUGGCGAAUUCCAUCAAUAAUCUGACUAGUGUCUUUUCCAAUGGAAUUUUUUAAUUUCAUAGAAGGAUAAAUUGAGUAUUUUCAUAUAUGAGACAUGAAAGUAUUUUUACAUAGAUAAAGAUGCUUGUAAACCGUGCAUGUUUAAUGAUUUUUUGAAUUGAAUUGAAUUCGAAUCUCUCUAUAUAUAUAUGAUUACACGUACAUCCGGCUUGUAUAUUGGCUUAUAUACAAAUAACUCGUAUCGAAUAACCUAAUAUUUAGUUGUCCAUCAAUAAUAUUGAAAAUAUUGAUUUCUUGGUCUUAUAAUAACACUUUAAGCUAUCUUCUUUAUCUUUGUUAUAUCAAUAAUUUGAUUACUGUUAUUUUUAUUUUUGUUGUCAGUUAUAUAUUCUUGUAUUUAUAAAUGUAAUAUGUUUUUUUUCUAUUUCUUACGUUCAAAUAUUGCUGUAUUCUUCUCUUUAUUAUAUUUUAUAAUUUUAAAGAAUAAUUUCCGUUGCAGAAAUAAAUAUGUACAUUUAUGUCUAUCACGUUUUUAUAUAGUAUAAAUUAAAGCUUUACAUAGUGAGAAAUAUUUGGAUCUUUUAAAUUUUUUAUUAUGUUUUGAUCUUUUAUCUUUUUUA